AAAGAUUUCUCACAGAGCAGAAGCAUUUCUGGCAGAAAAACACGAAAUGCAUUUCGUACAAUUUGUUUAUGGGAAUUUUUUAUCCAACAGUCUCAUACGGUAGAGGAAAGAAGCGUGCCGGCUGAACACUGUUUUCCAAUAGUGUCUUUUACUUUGUUUUAUAUCUCCAAAAGAUUUCUUGCCAUUUAGUGGAUGGAUGCAACGGAUAAUUUGACACUUGAUGCACCAAUGAAAGAGGAUGCACGCGAGUCGUGCUGAACCUGCUCAGCAACUUCAACCCUAUUGUUAAUUUCUGCAGCAUUGGCCCCAACGCGCCGUGUCCAACUCCCAAAUACAAUUAUCUGACUCAGUCAUUAUCAUGUGAGCCGUCUUUAGAGAACUCUUCGCUCUUUUGACCGUCCUGCAGCAUUUAACAAAUGAGUAUCCAUCACUGAAUGAUUGUGCCCGUCCCUUUCAUGCCCUUUUAAAUAUGAAGAAAUGAACCGCCGAUUGCUUAAUGAUAGACCACAGAUUGCAUAAUGAAAGACCACUCAAGUGAGUUUUGGCCUCGCACCUAAUGGCAACGGCCGGAGAUAGGAGGCAGCGCCUUUUGGUGCUAGUGCCUUGUCCUUACCAAGGUCACCUGAAUCCGAUGCUUCAGCUCGGAGCGGCUCUUCAAUCGACCGGCUCUUUUUCCGUCACAGUAGCUCACACCGAGUUCCACUUCCCUAACCAAUCUAACCACCCUCAGUUCGAUUUUCUUCCCGUAGCAGACAGCUUAUCCGAUGCUGACACGUCCUCUAGAAGUUUUAUAUCAACCAUCUUGAAGCUCAAUUUCAACUGCAAGACCUCGUUCCAGCAAUCCUUAACGAGAUUAAGAGAACAAACAGAUUGCCAAGACGAGAUUGCCUGCAUAAUCUAUGAUUCACUCAUGUAUUUUGCAGAAGAAGUAGCUCGAGAGCUGAAAGUCCCAUGUAUCAUAUUCCGCGCCUGUAGCGCCGCCAAUACUUUGACCUACAACGAGUACCCUCGACUCCAGGAAGAAGGCUUCAUUCCAUUGCUUGAUUCAAAGCCACUGGAGCUCGUACCACGGCUUCAUCCCCUCAGAUUCAAGGAUCUUCCCAUAUACAAGUUCGAAGGCCUCGAAAAAUUGUUACUACUGCUCAAGAGAUCUAAUGAAAUAGGAACUUCGGUCGCAUUCGUCCUGAACACCAUCGAAUGCCUUGAACAGUCACCAUUGAUGAAGCUUAGACAGGAAUACCCGGUUCCCUUUUUCACCAUAGGACCUCUAAACAAGAUUGCUCCACCUCUCUCCAGCAGCCUAAUUGAAGAGGACGAGAGUUGCAUCGCGUGGCUGAACAAGCAAGCCAAGAAUUCAACCCUCUAUGUGAGCCUGGGAAGCAUAGUGUCCAUUAACGAGAAAGAGCUCAUCGAAAUGGCUUGGGGACUCGCAAACUGCGAGCACCCCUUCCUGUGGGUCGUACGUCCUGGGUUGGUUCACGGGUCGGAAGCGAUUGACCUGCUCCCCGACGGCUUCGCAGAAAUUGUGGGCGAGAGGGGCCGUGUCAUAAAAUGGGCACCACAGCAGAAAGUCUUGGCGCAUGAGUCGGUCGGGGCGUUUUGGAGCCAUUGCGGCUGGAAUUCGUCCCUCGAGAGCAUCUCCGAAGGAGUCCCAAUGAUAUGCACACCGUGCUUCGGGGACCAGAGAGUGAACGCCAGGUACCUGAGCCAUGUUUGGAGGGUAGGCCUGUCGCUGGAAGACAUGGAAAGAGGAGAGAUCGAAAGAGCUAUAAAGAAGCUUAUGGCCAGCAACGAAGGAGAGAUCGUGCGGCAGAGGAUGACGGACUUGAAGCACGAAGUGAUGCAUAGUAUCAAAGAAGGUGGCUCUUCUUACAAUUCCCUGCACGAACUGGUCAAGUACAUCAACGCAUUAUAGAUGACUUGUGAAGGUGCAAUUGAUAGUUUCCUAUUUUUUCGCCAGCAUUUUGAGUUCUUCUUGAGCCACCUCCAUGUAACCACAAGCUCCUUAUAUGGGAAAGAAUUGUUGGUGUGUUC